UUGUUCUUGUUAUGUGGUUAGAAAUUUUCUAUUUAAAUAUUACCACUGAAUCAAUGAAAGUACAGUUGUUUUUUUUUUUUUUAUAUAAAAAAUUAAAUAACUAUUAGUUGAUUAAGGUGAUUGGUUUUAUGAAAUGGCCGAAUCGAAUAAAGUGGAAGUCGUGAUCUCAGGCAUUUCCGGAAUAUUUCCAGAAAGUGACAAUGUGGAAGAAUUAAAAGAAUUGCUUUUUAGUAAACAGAACGGUAUCACAUUGGAUUCCAGACGUUGGUCGUUAGGUGAGAUAAAAAUUAUAGUAGGUACAUCACAAAAGUACUAAAAUUGAAGACAAAUAAUAAUUGUUGACAUAAAUGGCACUCAAACCAAAUGUUGACAAAAAUGAUAAAACGAUAUAAAUUGUCCUGUAACAAUAUUAAUUUCCAUAAGUGAAAAGUUCAAAAGCACCCGAAUGGGCGUACGCUGCUAAAUUCUAUAAAUGUAUUACAUUAAUAAAAUUAAACAAUUGAAAUAUUUUUGGAGUUUGAAUAUAGAAAACAGUUUUAAUAUUAUUAUAAUAUAUCGUAUUGAUUUUUCGAGUUUAGAUGAAUAUGGGAUGACGUCCGGAGUUGGCAAAGUUAAGAAUAUUAACAAGUUUGAUAAUGUUUUCUUCAACAUGCACAGGAAAUUAUGUAAGUCUUCGGAAACGGUGAUAAGGGUAAACCUGGAGAGGUCUGUGGAAGCUAUUAUAGAUGCGGGUAAGAAUAUGCGUUAUAUGAUUAAUAAUAAUUGCCUGUAAUAUCAACGGACGUUAAGCUAUUUGAUAUAUUAUUAUAAUAAUAUUUUAAUCAUAUGAAUCAACGUAAUCGUACCGAACAAAAAUUUGCCAUAUACAAAUUAUUAAAAUGACGUUCAUAACGAAAUAUAUGUUUAAAAAAUAGAAAAAUGUUCCUCCUUUCAAAAAAAAAAAAAACAACAGAAUCGUAGUUAAGAUAAAAACAACUAUUUCAAUGCUAUAAACACUUUAUUAAUGUGGUUUAUAUAAACAAGAAUAAAAAAGUGGGAACAUAGGAAAAAUAUAAUCAUAUAAGUUAUAUCUGUACGCAACAAUAAAUCAUGAAUAUACUAAAUAAAUACUAUUUGAGUCAAGUUUGGCUAUCCAUAAUUAGGGAUACCAUUUUUUUUACGAUUUUUGUCAAAAUUUGAUCUUAAAACAAUUAUGAAAAAAAAACGAAUGCAUUAAAAUCAAAUUUGUUAUUUAGACCACUAAAUAAAACUCAUAAUGUACCAAAAGUUAAAUUUUUAAGCAUUUCUUUUCAGUCAUAUAAUUUUAAAAAUAGACAAAAAUACAUAUGAAAACACGAAAAUAAAAUACCUAAAAAUACCUUAAAAAUAAUUUCUAGAAUGUUUUUAAAAUUUCAUUACGACUACAAAAGGCAAUAUAUAAAUAUUUUGUAAAAAAUAUAGGUCUCUACAAUAAUUUUUAACCGAAAAACAACCAUACUCUCAAAUGUCGUAUAUUUUGUUGAAUUUCCUAUGUUUUCCCCCGGGUUUUCGUAAUUAUUUGGAAAAUUAUAGGAAAAAUCAAAUAACGAUUUUCUUACUUACCAACAAGAAAAAAUAUCUUUUAGAAAAUAUGCUACACAUAAAUUCGGAACAAAGAUUUCUGGUAGAAAAAUAUAAUCUUAAAAAUUAUAAAUAAUAAAUUCGUUGCACCGCCACCGGAAUUUAAAAAAACUCGUAUUUUAGUAUUUUUUGGUUUUUCUCGAUUAUUAUGAAAACUACUUUAGAUAUCAAAAAAACCAAAACCGCUGAUUCGCGUUUACUGGAUAUUAUGUUAUAACGCGUAGAAUACGAUGAUUAUUUAGAGUGUGUAUGUAAGAAAUAGGGAAAUGAUAUUAUUAUAAUUAUUAUAGGACGCCUACGUCUGUGGUGUACAAAAUAUUGUAUUGGUGUGCCUAUACGUUAUAGAGGAAAUCAUCGUAAAUGUCCGUCGUCGAUAUGGAUUUUUUUUUAUUUAUUUAUUUUUUUAUGUUAUGUAAAAAAAAAAUAAAGUAAAAAUAUUAUACUACGGCGGUGGCGCUCCGUGACAAAUGCAAAUGGGGGAGUCUCGAAAUAGUUUUUAUUAUAUUAUGAUUGAUCGAUACACGUUUGCGAUAACCUGCCGAUGUUGUCACCGUUCCCCAUAUAUAAAAAAAAAGACGUCCUAGGAUAAUGGGGACGGGUGCAGCCACUGUUGUAGAUAAUUUAACGUAUACCUGUAAGCAACGAUAAACUAUUACUUACGAAAAAACGAUUCUAAACGGAGUUCAGUUGAUAGUGAUACUUUGUCAACAAUAUUUAUAUCAUUUUAUAGUAAAAUAAAUAAAUAGGCUUUAUAUAUUUUUUUGAAUAAUAUUUGUUUAAUGGUUUACCGAUUUUCCCAAUUUUCUUACGUUGUAACCAGUUUUUUACAUUUUUUUGGGAAAGCUCUUGAGAAAAUCGAAAAAUUACCUCUUUGAAAUAUCUUUCCACACAAAUACACCGAUUUCCUUUCAGAAAACGUGGUACACUUAGAAAUCCGAGAAAGUCUUCAGGUAGAAAAGUUGUUAACAGAUAAAAAAAAAAACACCUUUGUAAAACUAUUAGCUUCUUCGCUCCACUCAGAAUCUAAAAUUAAUUCCUUUAUCAAUAGCUUAACAUUAAUUAUACAAAAAAAUCCCAAAUCAACCACUAGACAUUUUUUAUUUGAAGAAAUAUUUCUGAUAGAAAACAACGUUUGCAAAAAUUAAAAUAAUAAAACCGGGAUGCCAUGUAACUGUAAAUAUUAAUCAAUUUUAAUUUUUUGGUUUUUUCUAAUUAUUUUGAAAACUAUAUUGGAUUUCAAGUACCAACAUUCUUUAUUAGUGGCUAUGUACUAAAAGGAACAAAAUUCAAAAACCGACUUUUAUACUCACCAAUUAGAUUAAAAAUGCAUUGUUAUUUUUCUAUCAUAGUAAUAUUUAUCAUAAAUACCAAUAUUUUUCGGUUUUUCUAAAUAAUUAUGAUGUAAACUACUUGGAAAAUAAAAAAUCGAUUUUCUUAUUCACUAAUAUUAUUUAAAGCCUCUAUUCGUUUUUUAUUGGAGUAAUAUUUCUGAAAGAAAAUAUGAAAUCAUACUUCGUAAAUUUGUUAAUUUUUCAAUUAUAAUUUUUCGUCUUUUGAUGAAUUUUUCAAAUUAUUAUGAAAACAGCUUGUAAAUACAAGAAAUGACCUCAUUAAUUCAUCAACUAGACGCAAUUAUCUUUCAAUAAACAUGGUACAUUCUAUACAUCAGAACAAUAUUUCUCUUCGAAAAGUUGUUUACAGACAGAUAAAUGAGUUGAUUGGGGAAGAUUGGGGAAGAUUGCAGUCACUGUUGUAGGUGAGUAGUUGCGAAGGGGAAUUUAUUUAAUUUAUACCGGUAACCAACAAUAAACCAAAUUACUAAAGAAAAACGAUUCAGAGCGAGAUUCGAUUAUACAUGUUUUGAAAGAAAGGCCCUAAUUUUUACGGUUUUCGUCAAAAUUUGAUUUUAAAAUUCUUAUAAAAAAAAAAAAUUAUAUUAAACUUAGAUUCUGAGUGGAGCGAAGAAGAUUAUAGAUUUAUAAUGAUGUUAAUUUUUUUAUUUUUUUUUUUUGUAAACGACUUUUCUACUAGAAUUAUUACUUCAAUUCACAAGUGUAGCACUUUUUCUGAAAAGAAAUCUGACUGAAAUGGUACUCUAAUGAAGUUAUUUUUUGAUUUUCCUAGGAGUUUUCCCAAUAAAUGAAAAACUGGAAAAACCAAAACACAGGGAAACCGAAAAAACGGGAAAAUAGAUACAAUAUUAAACAAAUAUAAUUAAAGAAAAUGUUUAAUACAUAGGUAAUUAUUUUACUAUAAUAUGUCAUAUAUAUUGUUGACAAAACAUCACUAUCAACUUUAUUACGCUCAGAAUUUAUUUUUCGUUAGCAAUGGUUAAUCGUUGCUUACAGAUAUACAUUAAAUUCCUAUCCUACUAUCUUACCUUUCCUACUUCCUACCUUCAACAGUGACCCAUCCGCGUGCGAAGUACGUCUUUUUUUUCCCAUAGUUGGACAUUAUAUAAUGAACCUCCUGUCAAAUUUUCAAAGAUUUCUGUUUAGUCCAUCAAUUUCAUCCACAAAGUACGUGUCUAAUAAAAAUUAUGUAAAAUAUUCGCAAAAUGAUCAUCUCUAAAUAACUCAAAAAUGGCUCAAAUAUUUUGAACAUUUUACGACGUCUAGAAAAAUAUAUAUACUUUUUAUGCAAAAAUUUUAAACCUUAACGAAUAUUUUUAACUUAUUGAAAAUAUUUGUCUAAACAUUUUUGUAUGCAUAACAUUAAUAUCAGAUUUACUGUUUAUGAAUUAUAACAGUUUAAAGUUUAAACCGGAAGAGUAGGCAAGGAUAAUGAAUUGCCUAAUUUUAACAUUAAAAUCCUCUGAUAUAUUUGCUGGUUCAUGAUAAAAAAAUCACCCUUUAUAUAAGUUUUAUAAUAACUGUUUUGAACAUUACACAUAUUAAUAAUAGGUAUUCUUAUAAAGGUUUAAAUCCAGGAGAUUUGUACAACACGAACACGGCGGUAUUCGCUUGUUCUUCGGGAGGUGAAACCGAUUCAAUCGCUAUGUUCGACGAAACGAAAUCGGGUAUGACUAUACUAGGUCAUAACAAGGCUAUGCAAGCCAAUCGGCUUUCUUACGUGUUGAAUUUGAACGGUAAGUGAAUAAAAAAUAGUAUGCUAGACAUUUUUCGUUUAUUUUUUCUUUAUCCGAGGUCUUCAUUAUCAAAAAUUAUAAGGAACGAUGUUAUUAUAUUAUGCGUUUUUUAGGGCCGAGUUUCACUUUAUUCUCAUCGUUUACCGGUGGAUUGGAUGCUCUAUUUUUGGCCAAAAACAUGAUCGAAAAGGGUCACAUCAAAACCGCAAUAGUCGGUGGUUGUACCCUGGUACAGCGUCCGAACUUGUCGCUGCAGCUAAAAGGUCUGGGUGUGUUGACUGAUGGCAUAGAAACGAGAUCAUUUAGCGACGAUGGUACGUACAUAAUAUUAAAAAUUAUAUUGGGAUUCUCCAGGUAACAUUUAAACUCGAAGGUUGCUGUCUCUGAGAUAAUAAUACAAAUUGUGAUGUAAAUUGUGCACCUAGAUUUCUGAAAUUCAAUCUCUAGAGACCCAUAAAAAGUUUGUUAUUUUGGAGCAAAAAUCUUACUAUUUUUUUGAUUUAUGGGAUGAUGAAAUAAAAGAAAAUACAGUGAUUAUUAGAAAUACAUGAGCGGGGGCAGGUGCGUACUAAUCCACUGGGGUAUCGGUAAUUUCCCAAUAGGUCUUUCUCAUGUUAAGUCUUAAUUUAUACACGUUUUCCUAUUUAAGAUACCAAAGCGUAAUGAGGGAGCUAAAGGUAUUUAAUUAUUUUACUAUGAAAUGACAUAUUGUUAUUGUUAUAUAUAUUGUUAACAAAGCAUCACUAUCAACUGAACUCUUCUCAGAAUCGUUUUUUCAUAAGUAAUGAUUUAUCUUUGCUUACAAGUAUAGAUUAAAUUAUCUACAACAGUGGCUGCACCCGUCCUCAUCAUCCUAGGAAGUCUUUAUUUUUUUUAUACUAUGUACACAAUUUCUCCUAGAAAUCUUGCUCAAAUUAAAAAAUUAUGUUACCUUUUUUGUUCUAGAUGAAUUGAAACGGUCAUUUUUUUUAUUUUCCAAGUGGUUUUUAUCAUAUUUUCGAAAAACUGUAAAAAAAAAAAAAAAAAGAUUUAGGAAAAACAGACAAUUUACGACAAUUAUUUCUUUUAUUUCAAUAAUUUCAUUUUGCUGUAACAUGCACAAAAAUAAUGUUAAAACCUGAAAUGUCCAAAAAAUAUUCAUAUUUAUUCUUUAUAAGUGUAAAUAAAUUUCAAACCGUUCUAGUGAUCUUUGAGCUAUUUAUAGACAUUUACUGUUUUCUAGUUUUUUUUUAUUAUAAAAUUUUAUAUACUAUUUUUGGGCACAGAUAUAAAUUAAAUUUCCUUUUAUAUCCCUAUAUUCUGCCAUCCUUCGUAUUCUUAUACCGCUGAAUACUUGAGAGAAUAUUCUAAUAGAUACCAAUUCUAAUAUUAAGAAUUACUGGCCAUGUAAUUGCAACCAUUUUUAAAUUUUAAAAAAAUGAAACAAAUUCUAGUUCGAAAAAAACAGAAUUACCAAUAAUGAAAAGUCCCUUCAUUCUAGUAAAACCAACACUGAAGAUGUGCUCCAAUGCUCCAUAACAUAUUUUGCUGGAUAUUUGGUUAAAAAAUGUUUGGUAAAACAUACAUGUGAUGUCUGGGAAACUAAUUUAAAAACAAUGAUACAUACUUAAUUGAUUCACAUCACCUUUUAAUGUUUUAAAAAACAUAUGAUUUAUUGGACCAACUCAGGAAAUGAAAGUUCCAUCAGACUUAAUAUUAAAAAAAAAAUAUAAUAAUAUUUUUAGAUGUAUUUAAUGAAUGUUUUAAGAAUAAAAUUUGAACGACAUAUUAUACUCGCACAACUUAAAGAAAAGAGCAAAACAAAUAAUAAUUAAUAUAUAUUGACCAACAUUUAUAAAUCUAUUCUAUCGAAAUGUGAAAUACAUUAUGAAUAUAUUAUUGAGAUACUUUUUAAAACAACUAUUUUUAAAUAAUGUAAAUUGAAAAAUAAGAAGAUUAAUGGGAGAAGACAAGUCCAAAAUGAAGCAAAAUUGAGUAUUUUAACAAAAUAAUUAAAUAUUUAUUUUACUUAUAUUUUUAGAUUCUGAGUGUAGUAAAGAAUAUAUAGGUACUACAAAGAUGUUUAAGGCAGGAUGCCGCACAUUUAAAUGAAAAUUACAUUUGUCUAUUUUUCUUUUUAUAAUCAAUGGUUUUACUAAGAUGUUUAUUUUUUUUCUUUUUAUUAUAUUUUUUUAUCCUGUGUAUGAACAUUCUACCAGAAAUCUUCCUCAGAUAUAUACGCAUGGCACCAUAUCUAGAAGGAAAUGUUGUCCAGAUGGUACUCUUGGAAGGUCAUUUUUUGAUUUGCCAAGUGGUUUUCAUAAUAUCUGGGAAAAACUAGGAUAAAUCGUAUGAAAAACGGGAAAUUUACGAAAAUAAUGCUAUUAAUAUUUUUCAACUCUGUUAUUUGUUGUCAUUCAGUUAAAAAUAUUCGUAGAAACUUGAAAUUUAGACAGAAAACUUAUAAUUGCCUUUUCUAUUCGUGGUCAAAUUUUAAAACAAUUGAUCCAUUUUUAGGCUUUUUAUGAACAUUUUAAUAUUUUUGACAUUUAGUUUAAAAUAUUCGAAUCACCUCUAUGGACUUAAAAUUGGGACAGAAAAUUUAUUUUUACAUAUUUAGAUGUGGUCAAAUUUAAAAUAAAAUGUAAGCCAUUUUUGGACUAUUUAUAGACAUUUUCAUUUUGCGAGUUUUGUACAUAAUUUUUAUUCGGUAGGUACUAUGUGGUAAAAUUGUUAGACUUAAUAGUAAUGAUUGAAAAUUUAACAGGAGGUUCAAUAAGAGGUUCAAUAAUACCAUUUGUGGUAAAAAAAAAAAAAUUAGUUUUAUGUAGCAUUUUUUUUUUUAUAAAGAAAUUUUAAUAUACAAUUUUAACGAAAAUCGGUUAAUAAAAAAUUAUGUGAAAAAUUAAUUUUUCAAUUUUUUUUUUUUUGAACAUAUAUAUAUUUUUGAUUUAAGAAAGAUGUAGAAGUCAGAAUUGAGAGGACUAAGUUUCGAAAUUAAAGCUUUUUGAAGUUCUGAUAUUAUGCGGAUACUAUAUGUUAUGUUAAAUAAUUCUAUAUUGUCCUUUUAAAAGUAUAUUUGUUGUGAUCUAAUAGUUAUUUAUGUCAAUUAUCAUACUAGAGGUUCCGACUUCAAACCAGUAUGUCAACAAGACAUUGUUUGCAUUUUUUUCCUUUUUACCUAAACAAGGAAAAACCAAAUGCAUUUUUGGUGUGUAGAACUCAAGCCAUCACUCCCUCGGACUAUUUUAAUCACGAAAUACCUCUCAAUUUGCUGUGCAAACUUUUCUACCAGAAAUCUUGCUACGAUGUAUCAAGUGUAAUUUAUUUUCGAAAAGGAAAUUUUAUCUCCAUGGUAAUUUAUGGAAGUCAAUUUCUGAUUUUUCAAGCGGUUUUCAUAAUAACUAAGGAAAACCAGGAAUGGAAAAUGUUGGAAAAACGGAAAAUGUAUGAAAUAUAGGUAUUAAUAAAAAAAUAUUAUGGCCUUAGUUUCUGUGUACAACUUUUCUACCUGCAAUUUCGCUUCAAUUUAAAAUGAAAGCACUUUUUCUAAGAGGAAAUCUGACUGACAUGGUACUUUCUAAGGGUCAUUUUUCGAUUUUCCCAAGAGGAAUAACCUCCUCUGAACAGUUGACACUAGUGCUAGAAGAAAGGUGAAGGGAGGGGGCUAAUCCCUCCCCCCGUUUUUUUUUUUAUUCGUUAUUUCGGUUUAUGUCAUCGUUUAACACAUUCGUAUGGUGACUAUAUAAAAAUGAUAAGUACCCCUUCUCGAAAAAAAAAAAAUUUUAAUCGUAAUAAUAUUUGUUUAUUAUUAUAAAAUGUGUUAUACAUUUUUGCGAUUUGGUGAUUUCUGAGAUGUAAAAUCAAUUGGUCGUUAGUAACGGUUAGAUCUAUACUUGGAAAACUCUAAUAUUGCUAUUAUUAUGUAGAUUGUUCAUCUAACUACGAGCAUACUUUAGGACAAAUCCGGUUAUAAAAUGUUAGGUUCUAACGUAGAAAAUAUUAUAUAUUAAUAUCAUUAAAUAUAUAUGGUUAAAUAUCACAUAGAAAUGUAGAAUUACUUUUGAAACGUAAUAUAAUUAUUUAGAUUUUAAAAAUACCUUUUAUGAUCAUAUAUUUAGAAUUUUAUUUUAUUAUUUAAUCAAUAAUAUCAUAUUGUUAAUAUAUUUAAAAUAUCAUUUUGCCCUUGAAUUUAUAUAUUAUAUUAUAUAUUUUUAUAUGACUAUUAUUAUGAUCAUACUGAUUAAUUUUUCAGUUCACCUCUUGUUAAGUCAAAUCACUCGCAAACUACCUAUAUCUACAGAAAAUAUUUUGUUUGAAUUAACUUUGUUCGGAAUUAAUAUAGGAUAUUUAAGAAACAAGCAACUCUACAAUUUUACGUUUAUGUUAUUUCUUGUCACUUUUAUUUUCGGGGGUAAAACCUACCUAUUUUUGUAAAAUAGUAGAGCUGUUGGUUUCUUAAAUGUCCUAUAAAACAAAUUCUGAAAAAAGUUGAUACUUUCAAAGAUAAUUUGUGUCUUAAGAUAGAUUGAUCACUUUGAAUACACACUACUUAUAAUAAUGUAUAUUUUACUGAAAAAUACACCACAUGGUAACAUCUCUAGUAACGACGACGGUAAUUCAUAUUAUUUAUGUUUUUAGCCGAGGGUUUCAACAGAGCGGAAUCGUGUGUAUCAAUUUUGUUACAAAACUCAUUGGAUGCGAAACGAUCAUACGGCACAUUGGUGGGCGUCAAAGUAGAACAGUUCGGAGAGCUCCGGGGAGUGUUCACCAGUUACUCGACCGAACGCUUCAAAGAAGUAAUAAUGGGAGCUUACAAAGAGGCGGGCAUAGAUCCCUCAACCGUGGCGUACAUCGAAGCCGACGGAUGUGGAAUUAAGGUUAGAUCGAUAGCUAAUAGAAAAACAAAAGAAAUUGUAAAAUAACCGAAUUUAUAUAACAUUUCGUUUGUUGAUCGAAUCUAUGUAUAUAAUUUUUAGAAUGUAGACGCGAUGGAACUGGACAUAAUAAAACAAGUAUUUUGCACACCCGAUCGGAAAGAGCCCUUAAAAGUCGGUUCAAUAAAAAGCAAUAUAGGCCAUACCGACGCUGCGUCCUGUCUUGUUUCAUUGAUGAAAACGAUAAUUGCAAUGGAUACCGGAUACAUACCUCCAAACAUAAAUUAUAACACUCCGAACAGUUUAACGGACGCGCAUAAAUCCAGACAAUUACAAGUAUAAUAAUUGAUGAAAUUAAUUUUUACAAUAAAAUCAUACUAAACGAACAAAUGAUAAGGGGCUGUAAACAAAUAAAUCUGAUAAGUAUAAUUAAAUUAUAUGAAAACUAUUAAAUUCAUAAUAUUUGACAUAAUAUGAAAGGUUAGAUUUAAGAAAAUACUUGUGGUAUGUAUCUAUAAGCGUGAGCAGGUUCUCUUAGUAGAGGAUUUAACGAUCUUUGAAAUCAAAUCAUACACAAAAAUCAGAGGCUAUGGAUUAAAAUUAAUUUGAACAACUGGUCCAAUUUUUAUUUCUUUUAAGGGAGGAGGAUUUCCCUCUAAUGCCCUCUUCCAUAUUUUCACCAAUGCAUAAAAUCAAAAGGACAUUUAUAUAAAAUUCAUAUUUAACAUAUUUUUUUAAAAACACUGGUGGAAAGUCUCGCAGAGAAAGCAGUUACCUUUCCUACCUUCUUCGUACGUAAAUCUACAUUUGCUGGGUCAGUGGCGGAUCUAGGAUUUUCUCACGGGGAAAGAUAUAAAAUAUAUUUGUAAAUAUGUAAUAUAUAAGCUUUAUUCUACUAAAAGUUAACGGUUUGAAAGCAUAGAUAACAAAUUGUACUAUUAAUGUUUAGAAGCCUGCUGCCGGCAAGUGGGUAGGUAGUAUCACAGAACAAUAUACAAUAGUCACUCGAUCAGCUUAUCUCCGGGGUAUGAUAUAAGUACGAGGUAUAUAUCUGUAGUCUAAUAUGAAGUUAGAUAUGUUAGUUCUUCUUGGUUACGAAAUGACGAAAACUAAAUAAUAAAAAAAAGCUGAUAAUGAGGGUGGGAGCAGACACUGUUAUAAGUGAGAAAUUUGGACGGUGGAAUACAUAAGGUUAUUUCAUUUAUAUCUGUAAGAAACUAUAAAUCAUUGCUUGAUGGAAGACGAUUUAGGCGCAGUUCGAUAAUACACAAUUUGAAGUGCCGUAUUUUUUUUUUUUUUCGAUUUUUGUUUAAAUUUGAUUUCAAAAUACUUAUUAAAAAAAAAAUCGUCCAAUCAUUAUGAACAUUUUACCACGUCUAGAUAAAUACAAUAUAAUUAUUAUUACCAAGUUUCAAGUCUUUACGUGUUUUUAUAACCGAGUUACAGCAAAAACUUUCCAAAAAUUAAAAUUUUUUAAAAGCUCAAAAGUUUUGCCAAUGACGCCGUAAGAAAGUAAAUCAAAAAGGUAACAAAAGAGGUGUUUUGUGAUUUUUCGAUUAAAUCAUUUUUUUCAUGUAAAAAACGUCGUCCGUGUUUUCAUUAAAUAACGAAAUUGAAAUUGUAGGUUUUCCUAUGUUUUUUCCCACUUAAGAGCUUUUAUUUAAAAAAAUAGCGUAGAAAAUCAAAAAAUGACUCUUUUAAAGUACCAUCUAAACAACUUGAUAAUUUAUAAAACUUGUUACACGUAUAUAUCGGAGCAAAUUUACUAGGAAAAAACGUAUCAACAGACUAAAACAGAGAGCAAAAAAAAAAAAGGAGAAAUAAACAGCAUUGUAAAACCAAUAGCUCUCUCGCUAUAUUUGUAGUCUAAAAUUUUUAAAUACAUAGACAUUUUUCAUUAAUUUUGUUCUAAAAUACACAAUAAUAUGUCUUUAAUCUAAUAUAGUACUUAAUAUUAAGAUACACCGUGUAUACAAUUUUUAUUUUGUUAUUAAUAAGUUAUGACUCUUCAAUCUAAUAUGCAAAUAUAAAUUAUAUUAAAUAAUAAUUAAUAAACUUAAAUAAAUUAACUAAUUAUAAAAAAACAUCUUAAAUAUAAAACUUGAAGUCCACUAUAAAGCAUUGGUAAUUCCAAAUUGAUAUAAUUUUUGAUAAUAUUUCUACUAUAUAAUAUCGUCACAGAGAAGUUAUUUGGAUAAUGAAUACGACAUUUUUCACAUGAAUAAUGAUAUCAAUAAAGAUCAAUAAAGAUUUUAAUUAUUUUUAAAGGUAUCUGAUCACAUUUACUAUAAUAAAAAUCGCUUACAAAGUUGCUAGAAAAGACGACUGAAAAUAGUGAGUCUUAGACCUAAUUUUAGGUUGAUGUUAAAUAUAGGGAUACCAGGUUAUGAAAUAAAAAUAAAGGACAACAGUAAAAACUAUUGAAGAGUGGGGGACAUUUGUUCAAUUUUUUCAUCUGUUACGGAGAUACCGGAACACUGUCAUGGAUUAUGAGACAUUCCUGUGUAAUAUGGGAUUUAUGGCAUCCCUAGUUAAGUAUAAUAAUUAUUUUUCAGCCCAAGUACAAGUUAAAAAAGACGUCCUAUGAAAAUGGGGACGGGUGCAGCCACUGUUAUAGAUAAUUUAAUGUAUACCUGUAAUCAAUGCUAAACUAUUGCCUACAAAAAAACGAUUCUGAGUGGAGUUCAAUUGAUAGUGAUGCUUUGUCAACAAUAUACAUGUUAUUUUAUAUUAAAAUAUUUAAAAUAUUUGUUUAAUGUUUUAUCGAUUUUUCCCAGAUUUCUUACGUUUUUCCCAUGUUUUAUACUGGUUUUUCAUAUUUUCUGGGAAAGCUUUUAAGGUCUCUUUUUAGUGCCGUAACCAAUGAUUAUGCCACUUGUGUGUAAAUCUGUUCCUGAUGAGGGGGAAGCUUAUAUUAUUAUAUUCAUAUAAAUAUUAUAAUAUAUUAUAAUAUCUUAUCGUUACAGAUUGUCACUGAAAAGACGCCUUUAAACGGCGAUUACGUAGGUAUUAAUAUGUUUGGUAGGACGGGGAACUAUGGUCACAUGAUUUUGAAAAAGCACAAUAAACUGAAGAAAAAAAUAUAUGCAGAAAACGAAAUGUUCUUCGAUGGAUUAUCAAGAUUGAUCUUCAUUUCCGGUCGAACGGAAUACGGAGUCAAGCAAUCUAUAAAAACGGUAUGGUUUUUUUUUGAUGCGUUUAGUAUUUUAUCAUUUACAAUAAUAAAUUUUAUAAUCACAGUAUUCUAUCUAUAAAAGUAAAAUAAACUUGCCAUUUUAAAAUCAUUUAUAGAUUGUAAGUUAUAACGUCGAUGAAGAAUAUGUCGCGUUACUGCACAGUGUAUUUUCAAAAAACAUUCGCGGGCACUUCCACCGCAGUUACAUUAUUCUUCCGACUACGGAUUCAUCUAGAGAAAUAGAUGUAUUUGUAAGUGAACAAUCAUUGAGAGAUUGAUUGUUGAUCAAUAAAGAAAUAAAAAACUAUAAACCGUAUAAUUUUCAGUCAAUUACCAAUGAAAAACCCCCUGUCUGGUUCGUGUUCUCCGGCAUGGGUUCUCAAUGGCUGGGUAUGGGCGAGCAGCUGUUGAAAAUCCCGAUUUUCAAUCGAGCUAUUGAAAAAUGCGACGCCGUACUAAAACCGUUGGGCAUCGAUAUAUUUCAUAUUUUGACCAGCCAAGAAUGUAAUUUGUUCGACAAUAUACUCAACUCGUUCGUCGGGAUAUCCGCGAUUCAGGUUUGUGCAUGUGUGCUUGUGUACUUAGUGUCCCGCAAACUGAGGUUAGUGUAUACAACUCAGUGGAGUAAGUAUACUAAUUCGGCCAUAAUGCAAAAAACUUACGUCACUUUAAUACUCGGAGAAAACUAGGUGUAUUUCCUACAGAGUGCAUUUUAUUGUAUAAAAAAUAAGUAAACAAAAUCUAAUUCAAAAUAUAAAUUAAAAAAUGAUGGAUAUACUCCGCACGAUGGGUGGGCAACUUUUUUUAGUGGGAAGUUGGGAAGGUAGGAUAUUGAGGGAAUUCAAUAUAUAUCUGUAUGCAACGGUUAAGUAUUGCUGACGAAAAAAAAGCGGAGUUUGGUUAUACAUACUUUAAAAGGCCGAAAUAUUUACGAUGUUUACGAAAAAGAUCUUUUGUAAGUUUAUAAUUAUAAUAAAUUUAUGAUAGAAAACUGAAAAUAUACAUAUUUUAAAAAAUAAAAUCGUAUUUUUUGGUUUUUCCCAAUUAUUAUGAAAAUUACUUUAAAUCUAAAAAAUAAAUUUUUUUGUUAGUGACUGUAUAUUAAAUUGAACAAAAUUGAUCUCUUUUCAUUUUAUGAUUGGAGCAAGAUUUCUAGUAAAAAACAUAAGUUGUAAAAAUUAAAAAUAUUGAAAACUGUAAUGCAGUAGCAUGUCGUAAAUACUUGCUAUUUUACUUAUAAUUUUCUAUCGGGUUUUCAUAAUUAUUUUGAAAGGUUCUUGGAAAUUAAAGAACGAUCUAAUGCACCAUCUAGACAAAAUUUCUUUCCAGAAAAAUUACUAUACUCUACAAAUCGAAGCAAGAUUUCUUUUCGUAAAGUUAUUUAUAUACAGACAGAAAAAAAACAUCCAUCAUAGUGAAACCAAUAGAUCCCUCGCUACUCGCUGAAUCUAAAUUAAACAUCAUUGCAAAACCAAUACAUUCAUCACUCCAUUCAGAAUCUAAUUUAUACAUGGAUAUUAAGCAUGCUACUCCCAUUUUUAGGGUAAAUUAUGCAUGUAUACAAAUUCUGAUUUUAGAAAUUUUGAAGUUUAGUUAAAGACGAUAUUUUUGUAUACUUAAAUUUUUCACAAAAUUUAAGAAAUUAAUGAUACCAACUGUUGUUUUUCAAACGAGAACCUAUAUUAAAAAUUCCAUAAAUAGAUGGAGUAAUAGUUAAAAUAAACAUUGGUGUUGAAAUAUUUGAUUUCUACCUACUAGCUCACGAGAUAUUCCAUUCAUAGAACUCGUAUAAUUAUUUAUGCAAAUCGUACUUGUAUAAUCAUAAAACAAGAUGUUAUUAUUGAUAUUAAUUUUUUUCAAUUUUAAAUACAUGAAUCUUUUUGUAGAAAAUUAGUCCUUUAGAAAUUAAGGCUUUAAAAUAGCCGCAUUACUUGAAAUCCCUUAUUUACGUUAUAUCACUGAACUAGAAAUCAUUAAUAAUAUUUCGAUAUCUGCUAAAGACAAUUAUAUCGAAGGACGAUAUAAUUGGAGAUGACUGGAAUCGGUUUUCAAUAUUUCUCCAAUAAUUUUGUAAAAUAUAAAUUUGUAUUUUUAUAUUCUUUACCAUAUACAAUUUUUGGAAUAUUUAAAUUUACUUCCAUCAAAACCUAGUAAACUUGUUGAUUAAUUUAUCUUCGAAUUUAUUAAAAUCCCUACAGUUUCGUUUGGCUUUUCGGUGUCAAUUUUACUUUUUUUUUCAGCGAAUGUAAUCUCCUAAGAUCUUGUUAUAUCAGUCUGGAUACGUCUGGAUAAAGCCAGUAUUUUAUUAGCUGUGUUGUAUGUUUUAUAUAGAAGAAUUAUCAUUACACGAUUGUAUCAGGCAUCAACAGUCAUUGCUAGUCAGAAAUUUCCUAAGUUGGGUCAAGCUCAACUAUUAUUACCAUGAGGAUUCGUGCACACUUUUAAAAUCAUACAAUAUGAUAAAUAGCAUAACUAUAACCUAACUCCUUAUUCUAAAAAUUGACUCUAACUUGUCCUAACCACGACGUUCCAUUUAUAGAUAGGUCUAGUGGAUAUUCUGCGAGUAUUGGAAAUUGAACCAGAUGGCAUGAUCGGACAUUCCGUGGGAGAACUGGGCUGUGCGUACGCUGACGGUGCCUUUACUGCCGAGGAAAUGAUAUUGGCCGCGUACGCUCGUGGCCGUGCUUCCGUUGACACGCCACUGCCGGAUGGCAUGAUGGCCGCUAUUGGUCUCGGGUACCAUUCCAUCAAAGACUUAGUACCAGCAGACGUGGACGUGGCUUGCCACAACUCGGCGGACAGCUGCACCAUAUCCGGUCCCACCAAAAGUAUCAUGGAAUUUGUCGGCAAGCUCAAUUCGCAAAAAAUAUUUGCCAAGACCGUAAAUGUUUCCAACAUAUCGUUCCAUAGUCGUUACAUAAAACCUGCGGCGCCAAACCUACUGCAAAACCUCAGAAAGGUAUACAUAAUAUUAUAAUAUAGGUUCAGAACUAAAUAUAUUAUGAUAUUAUACUUGUACUAUAAACACUCAUAGUGCUGUAAUUGAGAAAAAAUUAGCAGAAGUAGUCUAGAUACUUUUAAAAAAGUAGCAUCCCUAGAAUUUUAAUAAUCCCCAUAUUAUCGCGAGUAAUUUCCACAUCCUUUUUUACGGUUGUCUAAGAAGCAUUAAUAUAAAACCAUUAAACACGUAUCAUAAAAUCAUUUAAUAAUUGUUUUGAUAUAAUUUGUCUUUUUAAAACAAUUAAACAAUUUUUUUUAUAUAAAUUAAUCAUUUUUUAUUUUUAAACAUCUUCAUUUUUAAAAGAUUUUAUAGAUGAGAAUAUUGAUCAAUGAGUUAAACUAAAUAAUAGUAUGUUAUGGCACAGAUAUAGAUAAUAUCUUUUUUCGUUUUAUUGUAUAUAUCUGUGGGUUACUGGUUACUUGGAUAUUUAGAUAAUGAAUGGUUAUCAUUGAUAGCUACUUAUCAGUUAUCAUGUAUUAGAUUUGAGACAUCAAUUCAUUUUAUAAAUAUUAGUACAUUUUGUAAGAUUUUUAUAUUUAUCACACAAAUUUUAGUAGAGAAAUUUUAUUAAAAUAGGUAAACUUAAAUAACAACGCAUGCCAUGGGUUUCCCUUUAAAAAAAAAAUGUAGGGAUACGCUAGAAUAUCCCAAAAAUUAUUUGAAUUACUCAGUUCCCCCGCGUUUCUCGCAAAUCAAGUACUGAUUACUUGUUGAAAGGUGCUAAGAUGUCAACCGGUAAAAUCACUAGAAUAUUUUAAUCUUUAUGAGAAGGUUGAUCCUUUCUUAGCAUCUCUUUCCUAAAAUUUAACAAAAAGAAAACAAGUUUUUAUACAUAUUGUUUACUUAGAUUCAAUCAUAUAGCGAAACACAUUUUUUGAAAAAGGAUGUUUAAAAUAAAUGUAUCUAUGUAGACAUUUUUACUCGAUAAUUUAUAAAUUUUCGUUACCCGUUGACUAUCGUAGAUUUUACCAAAUCCCAAGAAGAGGUCACCGCGGUGGUUAAGCACGUCCAUACCAGAAUCGAAAUGGGACACCGACUUAGCGCGUUAUAGUUCGGCAGAAUACCAUACCAACAACUUGCUGAAUCCCGUGUUAUUCGAGGAGACGAGCGUGCACAUACCAAAAAACGCUGUCGUUAUCGAAAUUGCACCGCAUGGUCUCUUGCAGGCUGUGCUGAAAAGAUCUCUGAGUAAUAUGGUUAACAUUCCGAUGACCCAAAGAGUGUACGGAAAUUCCAUUAAAUACUUAUUGAUGGCCAUUGGGAAGUAAGUGAAUCAAUAAAUAUUAAAAUAAAUUAUUAAAUCCGUGAAUAUAUCGAAUAGAAAUGCAUUACUAUUAAAUUAUUACUUACGUUUUUUGGUUACCUUUUAUAGAAUGUAUUGCAGUGGUCUUAAUCCAAAAAUUGAUAUGCUUUACAAUCCAAUAAGUUACCCGGUUUCUAUUGGAACUCCUCCAAUACAUACAUUGAAUAUUUGGAAUCAUGAAGAAGAUUGGUCGACCAUCGAUAUAUCGAUACUGGUAUGUACCAAAUAAAAUCAGACCUCAAGACCUGAAUAUAUUUGUAAAUAAUAUUAUAGUUGGAAAGAAAAAUCUUAUUUUAAUUUGUUUACUAUAUAAUUUAUUAUGCAUGUGAAUUACAACAUAAUAAAAAAUGUAACUAAAUUUUAUAUACGAAUGCAGUUUUAAUAUAAGUACAUUUUUAGUUGAGUAAUGUCAAAGGAGAAAGAUUAAUUUCAUUGUGUCCGACGAAAAACAGUUUUAUCGAAGAAUAUGAAAUACUUGGUCAACACGUCUUACCACUUUCAGCAUUACUGGUACUUAUAUACAAAUAAGAAAAAACUAUUAAAAAAUACAAUACAUUUUUACUUUUAUUAAUACUGCGUAGGUAAAAACAUACUAACAUUAUUUAUUUACCCAAUAACUGUAAAAAUUAUAGAUACUGUACAGUAAACAUUUUAGAAUAUCUAACUUUUGUUUAGUUUUUUACGUGGCAAUCUUUCUUAAGAUUAUGCAACGAAAAUGAUGAUACUGACGUUAGUUGUUUACCAGUCGUAUUUCAAGACAUUCAUUACCAUCGACACGUUGUGAUAAACAAAAUCGGUACGUAUAUAAAUUACUAUAUGAGUCGUCUAAUUGCAAAAGGUCGUAUGUCCAAUCUCAUUGAAAAUCGAUAUUAUGCCAUUUUAUAAUUCUGAGCGGAGCAAGAAAUUUAUUGAUUUUACAAUAUUUUUUUUUGUAUUUUUUUCCGUAGAAAACUUUUCUACCAGGAAUUUUGCUUUGAUUUUCCAGUGUAGCACUUUUUCUCAAAAAAAAUCUGAUUGAGGUGGUACUUUAUGAAGAUUCAAUCCUUGGAUUUUUAAUAAUUAAGAGGAAAAACCGGGAAAACCCUUAGGAAGAACGGGGUAAUUUACGAAAUGUAUUAUUUUAGAUUCUGAGUAAAGCGAAGAAACUAAUGGUUUUAAAAACAUAUUUAUUUUUUUUUUAUUUUUGUGUGGAUGACUUUUCUACCAAAAGACUUGCUCCGAUUUUUACGUGUAGCAACUUUUCUCAAAGAAAUUCGGUGUGGGGAGUUUACCUUCAAAAGGUCAUUUUCUUAAGAUUUUUUUCAUCGAAGGCGAAAAACCGAAAAAAACGGGGAAAUGUAAGAAAUAUAUUUAUAUAGUAAUACAAUUUUUUUUUCAGUAGGCAACUUUUCUACUGACAAUUUUACUCCAACUUUUAAUGAUAGCAACGUUUCAAAAAGGAAAUUUCACUGGUGGGGGGGGGGGCAUUUAAGAGAGGCCAUUUUUCGAUUUUCUCUGGAGUUUUCUCUGCAAAUGUGAAAAAUUGACAAAAAUGAUGGGAAAACCAGGAAAUUAGGUACAUCAUUAAAUAAAUAUUGUUAAAGGAAAUAUAUAAAGCCUAUGUAAUAUGGCAUAUACAUUGUUAAUAAAAUAUCAGUAUCAAAUGAACUACGCUCAGAAUUAUUUUUUCGUAAGCAAUGGUUUAUCAUCGUCCUGUCAAUUUAUAAUAAAUAAAUAAACAUUCUGUCGGUUUACUAACGUUUAGAAACUGGCCAAUUGCGUACGGAAAUAUUGAAAGGAACUGGGCAUUUUGAAUUGUGUUUGAACAACAUAAACGUAUUGUCGGGAAAUAUUUUCGCGUUAAACGAAUACAAAUCCAAUCAAUUUGGCAAAAAGAAAGAUUUGAACGUGCCAAAAGAAGAAAAUGAUGAUGGCGGUAAUCAACUUCUUGUAUCAUUGAGUCACGAAGAAGUUUAUUCGACUUUCGAAGAAUUCGAUUUCUGUGUCGGCAAAGUUUUCAAAGCGAUAAAAUGCGUGGAUAUUUUCCAAGAUGGUUUGCUUACGAUUUUUGGAUAACCUGCUUUUAGUAUUGUUAUAAUUUUCCUUACAAAAAUCGUAUGUUUCACAGAAUUGCGAUCUGAAAUGCACUGGGAUAAAAAUUGGAUACAUUUUCUGGACGCCGCGUUUCAGUUGCCGACUCUGUUCAACAUAGAAAAACGCGGCGAGCUCGUGGCCCCGAUUUGGAUCGAAGAAAUACAAAUCGAUCCCACUGCUAUGGCGCACCUCGAGUCCGAAGGUAAUUGAACUACAUAUUAAACAUUAUAUAGACAGUCACGGGAAUGGGGUAAAACAUAGUCAGAUUUUUCUUCAUAAAGCAUGGGAGUGGGGAGAUCUGAAAAAUCGCAUUCGAUAUGUUAGAUAAUAUUGAUUAGUUACCACCAUGGAGCGGUGGAGUGCCAUUCACCGUAUGUUUGUUUAUGACGUAUUUGUGAAAAAUAAUAAAUCUUAAAUGAAUAAAUUUGUCUCAGAAUACUCUUUUUUUGUUUUGUCUAUCUAUUUUCAACCCUAUUACCGUAACUCACCUUAUAUACAGGAUAUAAUAGGAUUAUUUAAAAUAAUGCAAUAACUUUGUUCUAUUGAAUAUAAGUCAUUAAACAAUUUAGGCAAUUUAACCUGUGUGGAAUAAAAUGAGAGACUAAGAUGGGCAAAUAUUAAUAGAGUUGGAGUCAAGAGUUGAGAGAUGAAAAGGAUCUUUUGAAAAGAGUUACUAAAUGGUGCCAGCUCAGCUAAUAGUACAUACCAAAUAUAAAAGAGCAGUGCAAUACAUAAAGAAUGUUAGUAGAAGAAGUAAAAAUUUCAAUAUUUAGUCUGAAAAAUUGAAAAACACCCGGUGUCGAUGAUAUCUUAGCAGAACUCAAAACGUAGCUACACGUAGUAUAACCUUUACAGUGUGUCAGCUAAUAUGGAGUAAAGAACGAGUGCCGGAGAGCUGAAAUCAUUAUACCAAUGUACAAAAAAGGGAAUAAAACCAUAAUGUGAUAAUUAGAGAAAAAUCGUUGUUGAACUCUGCGUAUAAGGCCUUCGCUAAAUUAUUACUUAAUCACAUUGUCCCUUAUGCGGAGGGUUACCUAGGUGACUACUUAUGCGAGGUGUAAACAUUGCGGCGGCACAGUGCAGUUUGAUUACUUAUGGCUAACAGUCGGACUACGGUGGGUGGGUUAAAGGGGUCCCCAACAAGUUUUCGUGUCCAAGACUAUAGCUAAAAUAUGUAUGGAAACCAUGAAAUACAGAGUUAUAACGCAAAAUGUGAUAUCAGGAUCUUAUGCAAUGAGAACCAAGCUGAAACAAGGAAACGCUUUAUCCCCAGUGCUUAUCAAUUUUACUUUGGAGAAAGAAUAAGAUAUGAAUUCUCGGUUUUGCUGAAGAUUUUUAAGUAUUCUGAAUGUUUUUAAAAUACUCUUUUUCGGUAGUAUACAAUACUGUAUUCUAAAUAUUUUUAAAAAGUAUUAUAUUCCUUAAAGAAAAAUACUUUUUGGUCACUCAUUUUAGAAUCUUUUUCUUUCUAAAAGAAAAUUGUGAAACAAUUGCAUAUUAUAAUGGUGUUAUUUGACGACGCAAAUCGUUAUCAAACGAAAUUUGUUCCGUUGGAACAAGAAAUUUCCUAUUAUCUAUAUAAAAGUACCACAAAACACUUGAAUUCCUUAAAUGAUACACCAACCAUAAGAAAAAAAUGUAUUAUAUUCAACACACCGCUACUCAGCAGUGCUGCUGUUGAACAUGUUUUUAGCAUUGGUGAUGCUGUUUUUUUUUAAAAAAAAGGGCAAAAAUGAGUGAUAACAAUUUUGAAUAUGUAUUAAAUAUUAAUGUUAAAAUGUAAAAACCAUAUUAAUUUAUUAAGUAAAUUGUCAGGCAGAAAAUAAUUUUAAAAAUUAAAUAAUACAAUUAAGAUAUAGCAUAUAUCAUGAUUAUAUUAAAAUAUUAAUUAAUAAUUAUGUUAAUAUAUAAUAAUAUAUAAGUAAUAAAUAAUUAACAAUUAAACCUACAAUAAUAAUAUAAUAUGAGUAUUUAUAAAUUUAAUUUUACUUUAUAAUUGUGUUUCUAACUUUUCGUUUCUAAAAAUGAUAUGUAAAUGUUCUAAACGAUAUUAUCAUAUGAAUUUUUAAUAUUUUAAAAUAAAUUGUGUUAUAUUUAUUAAUUAAUUUUAGUUAUUCAGUUUAAAGUAUUAUGAAUUAAAUUUAAUACAUCUCUUAUUGCAUGAAAUAAUAUAUUAUACAAACAUAAUUAUGUUAAAUAUCAUGAUAAUUAUAUCAUGAUAUUAAUCUAGUUUCCUACCAUCUGAAUUUAACUUAAAAUUUCUGAGUGAAGAGAAAAGUUUAUGGUUUUAAAAAGAUGUUUAUUUUUUUUCUGUAGACAACUUUUCUACCGGAAAUCCUGCUCCAAUUUUUAAGUAUAGCAUUUUUCUGAAAAGAAAUCUGAGUGGAAAGGUCUUUUAAAGAGAUAAUUCUCUCAAAAAAUGUGAAAACAGAAAAAAAAACAAAAGAAAAACGGGAAAAUAUACGAAAAGUUGGUAUUAGUUUAAAAAAAUAACUGCUUUUUUGUUUCCUGUUAACAGCUUUUCUUUAAGCAAUUUUGCCUCGAUCUACAAUGUUAGCACUUUUUCUGAAAGGAAAUCUGAUUGGGAAGAUACUAUUGAGGUAGAUCAUUUGUUGGUAUUCUCAAGAGUUUUCCCAGCAAAUGUGAAAAACCGAGAAAAAACAUGGGAAAAACGUAAGAAAAACGGGAAAAUCGAAUCAAAAUUAAACAAAUAUUAUUAAAGAAAAUAUAUACGGUCUAUUUAAUUAUUUUACCAUAACAUGACAUGCACAUUGUUUAAAAAGCAUUACCAUGACUGAACUCCGUUCAGAAUCGUUUUUUCGUUAGCAAUAGUUGCAAUGAUUGCUUACAUAUGUACAUUAAAUUCCCUUCUGUAUCCUACAUUCCUAAUUUUUCACCUACAAUAGGGGUUGCCCACGUUCUUAUUAUUCUAGGACAGCUUUUCUAGAUUGUAAUUCUAAAAUAUUCGGAAUAAAUUCGGUAAAGUAUUCAGAAUAUUUUGGAAAUACUAUUGUUGUGAAGUAUUUGUAUAUAUAUUCUGAAUAAUUCUUUUAGUAUGUAUUCGAAUACGUAUUCUUAAUACUUUUUAAAAGUAUUUAACCCAUGUCUGGUUAUAGAUAAUUUAAUGUAUACUUGUAAGCAACGUUAAACAAUUACUUACGAAAAACGAUUUCAGUUGAUAGUGAUGCUUUGUUGACAAUAUAUAUAUGUCAUAUUAUAGUAAAAUAAUUAAUUAGGCUUUCUAGAUUUAUUUAAUAUAGUACCAAUUUUUCCGGUUUUCCUAUGUUUUAUCCCGGUUUUUCAAAUUUGAUGAAAAAACUCCUGAAAAAAUCGAAAAAUUACCUUCCUAAAGAAAUUUACUCUUUGAAACAUUGCUAUCAUUAAAUGUUGGAGCAAAAUUGCUAGUUAGAAAGUUGUAUACAGGAAAAAAAAUAGUAAUAUUUUAGUUAUAUAUUUCGUACAUUUUCCAAUUUUUUUUCGUUUUAUUAAGUUUUACGAGAAAACUUUUGAGAAAAAUUGAAAAACACCGAUGUCCUUUCAAAAAAGGUGCGAUACUUAGAAAUCUGGGUAGAAAAGUUGUUAACAGAUAAGAAAAAUAAUAAUAAACAUCUUUGUAAAACCAUAAGCUCCUCUCAGAAUCUAAAAUUAAACAAAAAAAAUAUCUAAAAGAAAAAAGUUAUUAUAUUUGUUAAAUGGUCCUAUUACACCCUGUAUUUAUAUUUUUUUGUUUUCAAUUCGUCCUUAUUCGUUUGUGUGUAGAUAUAUUGCCGGUAAAUUAUAAUAUUUUCACUAAUGAGGUGACAUGCAUCGGCGUUAAAAUCUCCUUACCGUGUUUUGAAAUAUUGCCGCUGACUACAAUGUCCAACACGUUCCAGUUCCGUGAAGAGGGUUUGAUCGACUUGGCUAAUCCUGGUUUUGAUGUUUGUUUUAUAUGAUUAUAAUUUAUUGUACAAAAAAACUAAUUUGAUAAAAUGUUUUCAAUAAUAUUAUCUAUUUUAGAAACCGUUAGACUUUAUCGACGAGUGUAUAGACAUCGUACUCAAAUUCAAAUACCACGACGACUUUAAAAAUGUUUUCGUUUGUCCUGUAUACAAUAUUCGAGACGACCCCUCGAUGAACGAUUAUGUCGAAUAUAUUUUGAAAACUAAAGUACGAUGACUUUGAAAAAUAAUUGUAUUGUCAAAAAUUGUAAACCAAUUUUACUCGGUGAUUUGACUGUUUUAGUGUUCUAAUUUUGAGCUAUUGGACUUCAGUACGCACCCGGAGAAUUCGAAUUUCAACGCGGAUAACUUGCAGUACGUCGUAUUAACUAGAAACGAAAAAUUCUCUCAUGCCAUUUCAUUGAUGAAGAAUAAAAAUUAUGUUCACAUGAUCGUGUUUUCGAACUGUCCUAUAACUGACAAAGUUGACGAUUAUGUGAUGAUACUACAACAAAAGUUUGGCGGAAACUAUUUGUCCUUAGUGAAAAAGGUAAUAUGUACUAAAUUUAUGUUUUAAAAAAAUAUAGGUAAAGUAAUUUAAAAAAAUUAAAAUUUAAUAGGUUUUUUAAGUUGAAGUUUAAUUAUCAUGUGCCAAUGAUUCUUCGUUUUCACCUACGUUCUUAUCUCAGUUAACCAAUGUUUCCCGUUAAUUUUUUUUUUAAAAAGAGUAAAUUAACUAAAAAUAAUGUUGUUUUCAUCUGUUUCAUCAAUAUAAUCUAUGAAUCAACAAGAAUAAUUCUAUUUUCGUUUCAAAAAUCCCAAAAACUCUGUUUAAACCAGACUUUAAUGGUUGAAUUUCGAAAAUUUAGCUUCUACAUAUGGCUCUAUUUGUAAGAACUUCAUGUGCCUUCGAUUCGGUUUUAGAUAAUGUGAAUAAUGUUUAUUAUAAUUAAAUAUUUAUUAAAUACGUUUAAGAUAAAUCAUGGAAAGUUAAUAAUAAAUUAACCGAAAUAAUAUUACAAUAAAACUGAGAGUUACACAAACAUGACAGUUAACACUUAACAGGUUAUUUUUACAGAUAUCAAAAGUCGAAAAUUUUAUUAUUCAUAGAUUGAGUAUAGAGAAUAUUAAUUGUACCACCCAGUUCAAAAAUCUAUUAACCGAAUUACAGUCUUUAAAUAAAAUGAUUUUAAUCGUAUCGAAAAUUCAACCAACAGAAGGUAUAUUGGCGUUAGUGAAAAAAAUGGACGGAAUAAUAAACAUUCGGUAAAAAACUAUAUUUUUAACUAUAAUUUAUUUACGUAUACCAAUGGUGACCACUACGGCCAAAUUUGGCCUAUAAUAAUUUAUUAAUUGGCCUAUCAAAGUAUUAUUAAAUCAAAAUCGAAAAAAAUAUUAACUUUAAAUUUAAAAAAUUAACACUCACAUUAAAAAAAUGACAUGUUUAUACUUUACAUUUUUUUUUAUUUAUAACAACCAAAACAUGAUAAUUAGUAAAAUAUAUCACUGUACCUUGGCCCACCAAGUAUAAUUAUUGUUAUUUUUUAUGGCCCUCUGUUAAAAAAGAUUGGUCACCACUGACUAUACCAUUAUAUUAUUAACUAUACUUAAUGUUAUUUCUGGUGGGUUCGUAUAGAUUUUUCUUUGUGUUGGACGAUUCCGCUCCUACAUUUAGAAUAAGUGAUCCGUUUUAUUCCGAGCAAAUAGCUAAAGAUUUGUUAGUGAACGUUUAUGAAAACGGUCAGUGGUUCACGUAUAAGGAAAUCGAAUUUAUAAACUACAAAGACAGUCAGACACCAAUGAACAAAAUAUUCCUGGCUGACUUCUCUAAUAUGUCGUAAGUACUUAUAUUGCAGCAUAAUAUCGACUUAAGAUCGUAUAUUUUAAAUUAUUUUCAUUGCGUAUAGCGAACUAAUCUACGUUAAAGAAAGUCGGUUUAAAAAUUGGUUGGAAAAUAUAUAGGAUUUUCAUAAUUUUAUGUUACAGUAAAUUUGUUGACGAAAUAAUUUUUUUUAAACAUUUUAGAAUCAUAUUUUCUAAAAUGUUACAAUUUCCUUAUUUUAAAUUCGAAUUUUAGUGUAGCAAGGAAUGUAUUGGUUUUACAAUGUAUUUUUUUUUUUUUAUCUCUGAACUAUAUUUCUAUUAGAAAAUUUCUUCCAAUGUGUCUGGUGCAACACUUUUUCUGAAAAGCGAUUUUAUCUCAUUGGUACUAAAGCCCGCCAUUUUUAGAUUCCGAACGUAGAGAGAGAGCUAUUGGUUUUACUAAGAUGUUUAUUUUUUUUCUUCUAUUCUGUGGUCACGUUUUUUCCCUAGUAAACUUGCUCCAAUAUAUACGUGUAGCUAGUUUUAUAAAAUAUCAAGUUGUUUAGAUGGUAUUUUAAAGGAGUCAUUUUUUGAUUUUCGACGCCAUAUUUUAAAUAAGAGCACUUAAAUGGAAAAAAAACGUAGGAAAACGUACAAUUUUACGAUUUCAUUAUUUUAUAAAAACACGGACGACGUUUUCUACCAGAAAAAAAUGAUUUAAUCGAAAAAUCACAAAACAUCUUUUUUGUUGCUUUUUUUAAUUUCCUUUAUCGUUAUCCUAUUUUUAUUCCUUACGAUAUCAUCGUCAAAACUUUUGAACAACUGUUAAGCUUUUAAAGAAUUUUAAUUUUUGGGAGUUUUUUGCUGUAAUUUGGUUAUAAAUACACGUAGAGACUUGAAACUUGGUAAUAAUACUUAUAUUGGACUUACAUAAAUGUGGUAAAAUUUUCAAAAUCAUCGAACGACUUUUAUUCAUUUUUUAAUAAGCGUUUUGAAAUAAAAUUUCAACGAAAAUCACAAAAAAAAUUAGGCCCUUAAAAUUAUGUAUACCGAACUGCCCUCGGAUCGUCUUUCGUCAAGCAAUGGUUCAUUGUUGCUUACAGAUAUAAAUGAAAUAACCUAAUAUAUCUUACUUACCUAACUUCUCACCUACAAUAGUGGCCACUUCCGUCCUCAGUAUCACCUCUUUUUUUUAAAUGGUUUUAAUAAUAAUUGAGAAAAACCUGGUAAAAACGUAGGAAAAUUUACGAAUUUUUUUUUUUUUUUUUGUUGUAAUGCAGUUAAAUAUAUUUGUAGGGACGACAUUCUGACAGAAAUCUUAUACUUGCUUUUUCUAGACAUGGUAAAUCUUUCAAAACUUUGUAUCAUUUUUGAGCUAUUAAUAAAUAUUUUAAUUUUUCAAGUUACUUACGUAAUUUGUACAAUAGGUGCUCUGUGGAUAAAAUUGUUAGAUCAAACAAAAAUACUAGAAAAUUUAAUGGGAGGUUCAUUAUAAGUCAUACUUUGUGGUAAAAAAAUGAGUUUAAUGUAUUAAUAUUUUAUUUUUUCAUAAAUGUUGUAAAAUUAAAUUUUUACGAAAAUCGUAAAUAUUAUUACUUUUCAAUGUACCGGUGAUCCAUUUAAGUAGGUACACUCAUUAUCUCGGAAAGUAUUAAAUUUUUCCGAAAUUGUCCCACUUUUACCAUAGGUCCCAUAACUUAAGUUUCAAGGGAGGGAGAAACUGAAACUAAGAUUCAAUAUGUUCUUUUAAAUCUAAUUUAUAAGUAGUAUAUGGAUUGAUACAUGAAGUCAAGAUGUACAAAUAGAGGUUAAGUUAUGUUAUAGAAUUGUGUAGGUAUUUAAGUAGGUACACUCAUUAUCUCGGAAAGUAUUACAUUUUUCCGAAAUUGUCCCACUUUUACCAUAGGUCCCAUAACUUAAGUUUCAAGGGAGGGAGAAACUGAAACUAAGAUUCAAUAUGUUCUUUUAAAUCUAAUUUAUAAGUAGUAUAUGGAUUGAUACAUGAAGUCAAGAUGUACAAAUAAAGGUUAAGUUAUGUUAUAGAAUUGUGAUUGUUCCAUUUCAAGAGGGUGAAUCAAUAGUCAUGUGUCAUCAACGCUCAAUAAAAGCAAUUUGUUGCAAGUUUUAAUAUUUUCCAGUGGUAGGGGGAGGGAUAACUUAAACCACUGCGAGGUUGGGUUAUAUGAAGAAAUAUUGUGAUUAUUAUAGUAUUAUUGCUUAUAGAAUAAAAGAUGUUUCGGUCGAAUAUAUUGGUCUCAGUCUCCAAGAUACGAGUACCGACAUGAAAAAGAACACAAGCACAGAAUACAAAUUAGGUCCGAUAGAAUAUUCCGGGCUGACGUCUAGUGGUAUGUCGGUAAUGGGCAUUUCUCCGUUUAUUCCAACAGUCGUCGAUAUUCCGAGAGAUCCUAUUUUAUCGUGGACGAUCCCCAAAAACAUUUCUCUCGAGGAAGCGUCGACUAUUCCGGUACCUUAUUCGAUGGUAAAUUUAAUUAUUUUAUUACCAAAUACCAACAUUAUUUUUUUAUAAUUGUGUUUUGAUAUUGUUAUUUUUUGGGUAUCGUUUUUUGCAGGCGUAUUAUAUGCUUGCUGAUCUGAUUCAAAUAAUGGAAACUCAAUGUAUACUGGUGCACGCAGGUUUAACUGCUGUAGGACAAGCCUGUGUAGAUGUUAGUCUAGAGAGAAAAUGUCAAGUUUUUGUCACCGUUUUAAAUUCCAAACAAAUGGAGUUAUUUAAACAAAGAUUUCCAUCGGUAUGUAACAAUUAUAUUAUUAAAGAACAUCGUUCUGUAGAAUAUCGUAAUAUGAUUAAAACAUUUCAAACCGUAUAAUAUUUUUAAAAAAAUGCAAAUUACUCUACUUUAGGUACCACAUACGAAUAUAAUAAUUUAUGAUGAAGAAAAUUUUGAAAUGAAAUGUUUAAUGGCCAAUAAACGAAUGGACGUAAUCAUAAACUGUCUCAACGGUGAAGAUUUCCACGCUUCCAUGCGAAUCAUGAAACAACACGGAACGUUUUUCCAACUGUCCAAAACCGAUAUGAGGAAAAAAUAUAAAAUGGGUAAGUUUCAAACGUUAUCUGAACGUUAUGUUUACUUAUAAUAUUUUAAGAACCUCUAAAGUUUAUUAUAACAACCAACUAAUUUCUCUUAAACUCGUCUUAAAGGUUUGAUACGAUUUUUAAAUGAUGCAUCGUUCUUCUCCGUUAGCACGGAGCGUUUAAUUCAAGAGACCGAAAAUACGAAAAAAAAUAUUAAAAAUUUAAUCGAACGGCGUUUACAGAACGGAACGAUCAGAUCUUUUGACCGUUGUGUAAUAACUGGCGCGUGCACGGGAGCCCAAGCGUUGGAGUAAAUUUUGAUAUUAAAAUAUUACCUGUAAGAAACACUUUUUUGCAACUAUACUUUUUUCGGUGUACUGUUUAUUCGCAGGAAAUUAACAAAAGAAAACAUAUUACAAAAAGUCGUGAUAUCAACGUCGAAAGAUAAAAAUUUCAGCAGCAUCACCGGAAACACGACACGCCAAUUCCAAUGCUGUCCGAAUAAAGUCUAUUUUGUCAUUGGUAAAAUGUUUUUUUUCAAGUUUAAUAAGAAUAUCAAAAUGUAUACGUUCUAUUACUUUAAGGACAAGGAUCUGACGAUUGGUUGUAUCUAGUGGAAUGGUUGGUACAAAGAGGUGCAUUCAAAGUGGUCGUAGUUUUGGUGAAGUACUCGCUAACGCCGAAAAUGUCUCACAAGUUUAACAUGUUCAUGGAUCGUUACAAGACUAUCAACGUACAAUUGGUGUCUCAAUCUUUGUUGAAUACCGAAAUUUCAGCAUACAAUUUGAUAGCCGUUAUUUCGACGAUGCAAUGUCCGUUAGCGGCAGUAUUUUUUUUAAGCUCCGUAAGUUUUUAUAUUAUGUAUAAUAAAUAAUAUAUUUGAUUCUUAAAAUCUGAAAUUUUUGUCUUAUUUGGAUAUUUUUAAGGUGGACGAAAAAACGGUCGAAAACGUGAAAUAUGCCGUGAGCCAAGUAGCCCCGAAAUGUGAACAAAAACCGUUAUUCACAUGUUUGUUCUGCGGUGGCGCGAAGUUGUGUGAAUACUUGAAAUCUAGUGGCAGUGUAGAUGCGUUGUGUUUGUCGUGGGCCCAAAACGAAAAAAAACCAAAGCUCACGAAAAUUUUACCACUUCUGGACGAUUUACUGUUGAAAUCCGCGUCCCUGACCAACUCCGUGGUCAUAUGUUUCAAACCCAUGGCUAACCUACAAACAAGUAUAAUCAAUUAAUAUGUUUUAAUAAAGAGUUGCCACUGUUAAAGAUGGGAAGUUGGGAAGGAAGGAUACAUAAAGUUAGACACUUGCACCAACGAUAAAUCAUAUCUAACGAAAAACGAUUUUAAAGAGAGUUCAGUUAAACAUUUUGAAAGGACGUAAUAUUUACGAUUUUCGUUAAAAUUUGAUAUCAAUAUAUUCUUAUUUACAAAAAGCUAUGCUAGGAUAAUGAAGACGGGUGCAGCCACUGUUGUAGGUGGGAAGUUGGGAAGGUGGGAUAUAUACGGAAAUUUAAUAUAUAUCUGUAAGCAACGAUUAACCAUUGCUAACAAAAAACGAUUAUUAACGGAGUACGGUCGAUAGUGUUGCCUUGUCAACAAUAUUUAUAUGUCAUAGUUUAGUAAAAUAAUUACAUACAUAUUAAACAUUUUUUUAAAUUAUAUUUGUUUAAUAUUGUACAUAUUUUCCCGUUCUCUCGGUUUUCCCAUGGUUUUUUCCCGGUUCUUUCUAUUUAUUGAUAAAAUUUCUGAGAAAAUCAAAAAAAUGCUUUUCUCAAAGUAGAUCACCAGUCAUUUUUCGUUUUAGAAAAAAUGCCAUUAUUGAAAAUCGGAUUAAAAUUAUUGGUAGAAAGGUUGUCCACAAAAUUGCAAAUGAUAAAUUUAUUCUUUUCGUAAAUUUUUGCGUUUUUUUUCGGAUAUGCUCAAGUAUUUAAAAAAACUGCAAAGAAAUCAAAAAAUGACUUUCAUACUCACCAACAAGAUUAACAAAACAAAAAAAAGGGCAAUUGUUGUUUUUUCUAUUAAAUCAAUAUUUUCGGUAGGAAACAUUAUUUUUAAAAGUAAUUAAAUCAGUAGCGCUGCAGAGCAUCUUAAAUAUUUGAUGUUUUACCUAAAAUUUUGAUUUUGAUUUUUUCCAAUUAUUAUAAAGACUCCUUAAAAAAUUAAAAUAUGACCUCCUCAAUACACUAACUAUAUAAAUUUUCCUUUCAGAAAAGGUGUUAUACUUAAUAUAUUCGGAGCAAGAUUUUUGGUUGAAAAGUAGACACAAAAAAUACAAAAAAAAAAAAACACAUAACAUUGUAAAACUAUUAGAUCUUUCGCCUCUCUCCGAAUCUAAAAUGAUGCGUGUUUUUAUGCUAAAUUGUUUUUAUAAUCAUUGACUGUAAUUUACUGAUUUUUGUGAGUGUGGAUAGCAUAGUAUCUAUUAUUGAUAAUAAAAAGAAAGUUUUAGGUGAUGGGGGGCCAUGAACAUUUGAAAUGAAGUAAAAUGCAGCUGUCUGCUUACAUCUAUGGCAUGUUUGUAUUGUGGGACCGCGUUUAUUUAAUAUGUAUCGUAAUUUUGUGAUAUUGGUAUCUGAAAUGUUCUAUCUUAGCGUGUGUGUGUCCUUAUCACCAACUACCAACAAGCUUAUUUACUUAUAACCCUCCCCCCUCUCACUCUAAGUAUAUUUACUUUUAUUUCGUUCAUGUCUGUUGGCUAUUACUAUCUCGCUAACUUCCAUUGCUAUUUCAUCAACCCGGGAUUUUUCGAAGGUUACAUAGAUUGGUACUAAAUUUGUAUAGGUCCCAUAGUUGAAAUAGUCUGGAUUCUAGAAGUUUCUAUGUCGGAUAGUAUAAAAGGAAAGAUUCGAUGUAAACUCUAAAAGGUGAAGAAGCGAAUAAUGGACGAUUUUAGUUUUUGUAUUAUGGAUAUUUAACUAAAUGUCAAGCUGAUAGAAAACUUAAAUGUGUAAUUCCGACGAAAAGUUUUUUUGCAUUUUUAAGUAUGCACAAGAAUAGUUUAACAAUGAAAAUAUAUGUUAAUAUUUCUGAACGUUACGUUUUAUCUCCAAUAAUAAUAUUUUUAUCUUUUGUAUAUUCUGUAGAAAAAAGCAUUAUAAAAGUCUACGUGAACGAAAUUACGUGUAACAACUAGUAUAUUAUAUAAAACAAACUCGUUACUCUUACGGUGAUUAAAUGACACCAUGAUCGGGAUGUUUUGUUUUUUAAACUUUUAGAUAUGGAUGUAUUGUUGCAAUUAGACUACAAUAAUAUGUUUUUGCCGGAUACUGUUGACGAGUUGGCCAGUUACUUCAAGUACGUGGUGGCCGACGAACCGGACUUUGUGGAGGUGGCCACCAAGAGCGUACUUUACGCUGACGCCAAAGGCGCUUAUCCCGUUUUCGUAUUACCAGGUUUCCGGCCGAACAACAUUCAGAAUCUAUACGGUAAUUUGGGCUAUCCGACGUUCGCGGCUCGGUAUCCAGCCAAAUUCAAAUCGAUCAAAUACGUAGCUGAAGUCCUCGUCAAAGUGAGUCACAGCAUACCGUUCAUAUGACUAUUUUCUAAUCGUUUUAUAUUAUUCUAACUAAAGAUGUAAAAUGAUGUUUUUCUCUUUUAGAAACUCAGUCUAUUGAUCCAACACAGCGCGGUUACACUGGUUGGUGAAUCUUGGGGCGGUACUGUCGCGCUGAUUAUGGCUCAGAUAUUGGAAUCCCAAGGGAUUCUGGUGUCACUAUCCUUGUUAAACGGAAUACCAAAUAUACUUCUCGAUACUUUCUCUAUCUUCAACAACAAUAUGAACGCCAUGUUGCUGUCCAAAUACUUAUCGAUUAAAGGCGAAGUAUGUGCAAAUACCCUACCGACAAGCAAACGCGUAUUAAAAACACCGUUAUAAUAUUAUUAUAGAUCGCCAAAAACAUUUUGACCCAACAAGGAUGGGAUGCGAAUUUGUCGAGACUGUUGCAGUCAAACAACGUCCGGUCGGUCGACGACGUGUGCACCGUAUUGACUUUGAUACAGACGCAACUCAACACGCUAGUGACGUUAAAACCACUUUCCAACAAACUGCGAGCGAUACCCCAAGUGUUUUUAUCUAAAGCGCUGACCGAAAAUACUACGAACGUCUUGAUAGAGGUAUGUCGGAAUCUUUUUAAAAAAGCUUACAGCUUAUAGGUUACACAAAAAAACUACUACAUUGGGCACAAUUUCUUUUUUUACCACUUAGUAUAACUUAUAAUUUAUAAUGAAUUUCGUGUUAAAUUGCCAAGCAUUGUUGUAUAAUGAUUGCAUGUAAAAUGCCUAUAAAUUAAUCAAAUAUAUAAAUGUAUGAUAAAAAUUUAACCACAUUUAUAAAAGACCAAUAUAAGUUUUUUGUCGAAAUUUCAAAUCUUUAAAAAUCUUAUCGUCUCAAUUAUAGUAAAAUCACAAAAUUCAAAACAACGAAACCAUUAUUUUCAUAAACUUUCCCAUUUUUUCUAAGUUUUUUUCCUGGUUUUACUAAAGAACACACCUAAAAUCAAAAACGAAUUUUUUUUGUCACCAACUAGAUUCAAAAUUUAACAAAAAUGGUCUGUUGUCGUUUUUUGAUUAAAGGAAGAUUUUCAGAAGAAAAUAUAAUGCGAAACACUAAAAAUAAAAUGAAAUCGGUUACGCCGUAAUUUUUGGUCCGGGUUUUUUCGGUUUUAGACAAUUAUUUUGAAAACCCAUUAGUAACAUCAAAAAUUGACCUACUGAAUCGACCAAUUGCAUCUAAAAUUCAAUUUUUGAUUAAAGCAAGAUUUUUAAAAAAGUUGCUCAUAAAACAAAAAAUACAAAUUUAAAAAUAAAGAGUUGAUACUAGGGACGAGUGCGGCCUCUAUUAUAGGUGGGAAUUCAAGAAGGUAGGAUACAUAAAGUUAUUUUAUUAUAUAUGUAUGCAAAAAUAAAUUAUUGCUAAAGAAAAACGAUUUGGAGCGGUGUUUGAUAAGACAUGUUUUGAAAUAACAUAUUUUUUAUAAAUGUCUUUAAAAUUUGUUUUUAAAACGCUUAUGAAAGAAAAAAACUAAUACAUUAUUUCUAAUUUGUUUUUAGUCCACUAAAUACACGUAUGCACUUUAUGUUAAAUUUUCGUGUAUUUUUCUAAGUCACAUAUUUUUAUUAAUAUAUCUUUAUGUUAAAAAAAACACCCACCAUAGUAAAACCAAUAAAUCCCUCGCUACGUUUCGAGUUUAAAAUCGAAGUAUACCUAAAAAUUUUAUAAAAAUCUCUCCUUUAAUUUUUUUGAUUAAAGUAAGAUUUUUUGUAGAAAAGUUAUUUACAGACACAAUAAAAGGCACAUAUCAUAACCCAAUACAUAUUUCACUGCACUCCGAAUCUCAAAUUAUUUAUUAAAAUUAUUUAUGCUCGUAUUGCAAAGAUUAAACAUUUUUGAAUUUUGAAUACAAAUUUGAGAACGCGGUUGGAACAUUUCAAAUUUCCUGUCUUUUCAGGUAAAACUUUACUAUAAGUAGCAUUUCAACAUUUUUACAAAACAUUGAAAAAUCGUAAGUUCAAUGGUUAAAUAUAUACAGAGUGAUUCACUAAGCGUGCUCACUAUAUUUAUUUGGUUAAAUUUUGCAUAUAUUCAAAUUCUGAUUUUUGAAAUUUUUAAGUAUCCUGUGGUGAUACCAACUUUGGUUUUUCAAAUGAGAACCUGUAUUAAAAAUUGCAUAAAUAGACUGAGCAUUUUGAAUAUAGAUUAUCAUUUGAAAAACUAAAGUGAUACGAUUAAAGUAAACGAAAAUAUGGGAUUUAACUACAUUUAAAAAUUUCAAAAUCAGAAUUUAAAUAUAUAUAUAUAAUUUAAACCUAAAAUUGAGGAAAACAUUCUGUAUAAGUUUGAAAAUAAGUGUUUGGAAAACAAUUAUACAUAUUAAUAGUAGGUAUUCGUAUUCCCAUAAGUAGUUAAGUAUAUAAGAAUAAGAAUUCUAAGUUCUAAUAAAAAUUUCGGUUGUCUAUCUAAUCUAUGUCACUUAUUUGGUAUUGCUCACAUGGUUAUAAAAUUUAUGCCGGAUGAAAGCUCGGAUUUUAAAGAAAUUAAUCAUAUCUUCACUAUGCUUUUCUUUGUGUCCGAAAAACUAUAAAUGAAUGCGACAUUCGAUCAUUAAAAUGCCCUUUUUGCAUCAAACAAUAAUUACCUAUUCUACUUAAAUUAAAAUGAUUAAAGAACUAGAAUUUUAUAACUUCUAUAUCUAAAUCUGUAAUUGUAGUAUCAAAAUUUAUUUGAAAGCUGUUGUUUAUUAAAUUAAAAGGUGUCCUAGGGUAAUAGGAAUGGAUGCUGCUAAUGCAGAUGUUAAUGUAUAUAUCUAUAUGCAACGAUAAACCAUUGUUAACAAAAACAUGAUCCUAAGCGAAGUUCUUUUUUUAUAGUGUUGCUCUCUCAACAAUAUAUAUUAUAUCAUGUUAUGGUAAAAUAAUUAUAUAUUUUCUUUAAUAAUAAUCGUUUAAUAUUAUACCUAUUUUUGACUCAUAUCAGAUUUCCUUUCAGAAAAAUAGUGUUUUAAUUGAAAGUCAGACUGGUAAAAAGUUGUUCACAGGAAAAAAGAAGGCCGUUUUAUUUUUUUAUUAACACUUAAAUUUCGUACACUUUUCCGUAUUUCUUUUGUUUCUCCAGUUUUCCCAUUUAUUGAGAAAUAUUCAGAGAAAAUCCAAAAAGUAACAUCUUUAAAGUAUCACCCUAGUCAAAUUUCCUUUCAGAGAAAAUGCUAUACUUGAAAAUCGAAACAAAAUUCCUGGUAGAAAAGUUGUUCGCAGGAGAAAAAAACCAUAGUUGUAAAUCUAAUAUUUUCCUCACAAAAUGUGUUCAGAAGCAUUGAGUUUGUUGAAAGAAAAUUAUAAUGAGGAUCGUGAAACCCAAUCAGAAAACUCUGAAGAUGUCUCAAGGUCAUCUGAAGAUUUAUAAUAUAAUAAUUCUGAAAAUAACGAUAGUGAAGUUAGUGUAAAUUAUGAUGAAUAACUUUUAAUGUAUAUUUGGAUUUAUGUAUAUUAAUAUAAAGACAAACAUCUUAUUAUAUUUAAUAAUUAGUUAAUAUUAUUUAAAAUACAUUUAUUUAUACAUGUAUACUAAAAUUAAUAACAACAUUUUAUAUAGGUAGUAAAAACUUCUAAUAUGUAAAAUUGUUCAUAGCAUUAUAAAAUUAUUAAGAAAAAAAAAAAGUUGUCAAUCAAAAAGUACAAUUUCGUCCACUAUGCUCAGUUCAAAAUCUAAAGAUCAAAAAUAUUGAAACUUUAAUACUAUAAACUUUCCUUUUUUCGUACGCUUUUUCCUGAAUUUUCCAAUUAUUAAGACAACUACAAUACAAAUAAACAACCGAUCCAUUGCACCAUUUUGACAUUUUCUUCAUUUUUCAAAAAAUAUUCUACAGUUGGAAAUCAAAACAAGAUUUCUGGUAGUAAACUUUUUCAUAAACAAAAAAAUUAAUAAAGUACAUAUCACAGUUAAACCAAUACAAUUCUCACUGAGCUCAAAAUCUAAAACAAUUUUUAAUAGUUCACACACGAAAAAUAGUUUCAUUUUUGGUUUUUAACUGUUGAGUUUUACUCUUAAUUAUUAUUAAUUGUUAUUUAUUUUUUCUAAUCAAUGGUUAAUUUUUCAGUACUGUUUCAAUACACCCAUCGUUCACGUCAUUAGCGACAACGUUACAGAUAUAGUGAAAGACUCGAACCUAAUCAAUACGAUCAACGAAAACGUAGCAUUUGAUUAUCCACACAUGGCAGCCUUAACUCUGGAAGAUAAAUAUAGUCAGUUCUAUUUAAAAAAGGAAGUCAAAUUUUUGAUUUAAUGCUUACAACGUUCGUAAUAUGAAUUUCAAAAGAUACGUACAAAACUUAAUAUUUCAUAUUUUAUUUAAUUUAUUGUCUUUAAUGUAUUUUAUUAUUCAACUGCUAACAAUACAAAAAUUAUACAUACAAG